UUGACAUUAUGUAAGUAUAUAUGCCGCUAAGACGAUCCAAUGUCUCGUCACUUUCUGGUGUGUGUUACGGCUUUCGAUAUGUGGCUGCCAUUGACCCUUCUAGUGCUUGCGGGAUUAGUAUCCGCCGAUUACGAACAUGGCUGGAAAAGUGGCAACGAGUACACCUACCUGGUACGAAGUCGCACGCUCACGAGUCUGGACCAACUAUCGAAGCAAUACACCGGUAUUUUGAUGAAAGGAUUGCUGACAGUCCAAGCCAAGGACAGUAACAGGUUAACAGCAAAAUUAUCAAAGCCAUCGAGCCAAUACGCUCGAAUCCACACGGACCUUCCCGAGGGCUGGGAAUCGCACAUCUCCGAUCAAAUGUUGGAUCUGCGUGAACUUCCCAUCUCCGAGAAGCCGUUCGAGAUCAAGCUGAAACACGGCGUGAUCGUGGAUUUGAUCGUGGACAAGGACGUGCCCACCUGGGAGGUGAAUCUCCUGAAGAGUAUCAUCAGCCAACUCCAAGUGGACACCCAGGGCGAGAACAUUAUCAAGGAUGUGGUCAAGGACCCGAGCAUCCAGAUUCCUGAUGACAACGAACCCUACGGAUCGUUCAAGUCUAUGGAAGACACCGUCAGUGGAAAAUGCGAGGUCCAUUACGACAUCACUCCGUUAGCGGAACACGUGAUCCAUAUGAAACCGGAACUGGUACCCAAGCCCGAACUGAAAGGCGAUGGAUUGCACAUCGACAUCCUGAAGACGAAGAACUUCGACAGGUGCGAUCAGAGGAUGAACUACCACUUUGGUAUCACUGCCCAGACCAACUGGGAACCUGGUUCCAACAAGAAUGGAAAAUUCCUCUCGAAAUCUUCCACCAGCAGGAUCGUCAUCUCAGGUAACCUGAAACGCUUCACCAUCCAAUCAACAGUGACUACCAGCAAGAUGUUUAUCAGUCCCAGACUGUACGACAACCAGAAGGGCAGUGUAGUCAACAAAAUGAACCUCACCCUGGCUGAUGUCAAGAAGAUCUCCAAUCCUCUAACUCCGCCGAGCAACCCUGAAUCCACUGGCAACCUGGUCUACGUCUUCGACAAUCCUUUCUCGGACAUGGAGGAACGCAGACCCAGUCAAGGCAUCGGACAGGUAGACCCGAAAAAGGUUCGAACAUCCGACAGUAUUAGCUCCGUCAGCUCGAGCGAGGAAGCGCUGAAGAAUCAGCCUAACCUCCGGGGCAGUGGAUCAUCCAGUGCAUCCAGCAGCUCCAUCUCCAGCAGCGAGGAAAACAAAUUCUGGCAGCCUAAACCUACGCUCGAGGAUGCUCCACAGAAUCCUCUGUUGCCUAACUUCAUCGGCUAUAAGGGCAAAUUCAUUGGAAAGUCCGGAGAGAUUGAUGUGGUGAAAGCCAUCAAGGAGCUGGUCUUCCAAAUUGCUAACGAACUGGAGGACCCAAGCAACAUGGUCACGCAAGAGACCCUGGAGAAGUUCUCCAUCCUCACCAGCCUGAUCCGCAUCAUGAACAGGAAACAGAUAGCUGAAGUUGAGACUAAGAUGCAUAUCUCUCCGAACGAACUGAAAUCCAACGACAAGACUCAAGCUGUCAACCAGAACGCUUGGGCCAUAUUCAGAGACGCCAUCACUCAAGCCGGAACCGGACCUGCUUUGUUGACCAUCAAAAACUGGAUCGAGAGGAGGGAUGUUACAACAAUGGAGGCUGUUGACAUUCUGUCCAGACUUCCAAGUAGUGCUCGCGCACCUACUGCUGAAUACGUUAACACGAUCUUUGAACUGGCCACCAAUCCAAAAGUGAUGAACACAGCAACCUUGAACACCACGGCGCUGAUGGCCUUCACGGAGCUGGUGUACCAGUCCCAAGUUAACGGCAGGAGUAUCCACAAUCUCUACCCAGUGCACACAUUCGGGCGCCUCACUUCCAAACACGAUCAAACUCUUGUCAGAGAGUACAUUCCAUUCCUGGCGAAAGAGUUGAAGAACGCUGUUGAAGAUGGCGACAGUCCUAGAAUCCAAACGUACAUUGUGGCUUUGGGCAACAUCGGUCACCCCAAGAUUCUUUCCGUCUUCGAGCCCUACCUAGAAGGCACGGAAAAGAUGUCCGUCUUCCAGAGAUCAUUAAUCGUCGGCGCCCUGGAUAAAUUAGCCAGGAACGUUCCGAAACUGGCGCGCAAUGUUCUCUACAAGAUCUACCUGAACACGAUGGAGAGCCACGAAGUGCGCUGCAUGGCUGUCUAUCUAUUGCCACUGACUAACCCCCCGCGUAGCAUGCUGCAACGAAUGGCAGAGUUCACCAACUAUGACACCAACAAACAGGUUAAUUCUGCGGUGAAAUCUACCAUCGAGAGUCUGGCUGAUCUGACUGAUCCAGAAUGGACGAGCCUAGCGAGUAAAGCUCGCUCCGUUAAGAGUCUACUUAAUACCGAAGAUUACAGUUUCCAAUAUUCUCAUGGAUUCAUUCUUAGCCAGAACAAGCCGGAAAAGAAUCUAAUUACCGAUUGGGUAAUCAAUUACAUUGGCAGUGACGACACUUUCAUCCCUCGUGCCCUCUAUCUAGCAACCAUGGCUUCCUAUGGUGACUUCAAGACACCCCCAACUGAACUAGUGGCUAUGAUCUCCAGCGUACAGUCUCUCCUUGACACUGUUUACAAGAUCGGCAGGGAUAAACACAUGCCUGAGAAGAUGCCUGCUGAGAGGAUUGCCGAGGAACUGAACAUCAUAACAGAUAAACCAGUCGAGUUGGAAGGAAAUCUUAUUUGGAAGACGAAAUUCCUAUCGCGUUUCAUGCCCUUCGAUGGACACGAUGUCCGUGGCAUGCAUAAUUACCUCGUGAAGAAAGUGAUGGCUAUGAAGGACGGAGGCUACAUGAAUCUAAACAAAUUUGCUUCAUACGAUAUCACCCUGAGUUUCCCAACCGAAACUGGUCUGCCGUUCGUCUACACGUUAAAGGUACCUGUGCUCAACAAGAUGAGCGGAAGUGGUCAACUUAAGAUGGGUCGCGAUCACAGCGUGAACGCCAAGGCCGAAGUUCGUCUAGUGUACGCCAGGAAGAUCCAAGGAAGAAUCGGUUUCGUCACACCGUUCGAGCACCACCACUACAUCGCCGGUAUAGACGUGAACACCCAAGCAUACGCACCCGUCAAGGUCUCCCUGGACAUCAACGUACCAACGAAGAGCACGCAGUUGAAGCUGUGGCCACUUAAGGGUGAAGAGAAAUCUCGUUUGAUACACUACAGCGUGGUACCAUACACAUCUGUCCACAACAUCUUGAGCCUGCGCCCAUUGCAAACCGAGAAGGGCACCCACAAGGUGCACAUCGACACAUCGAAAACCGUCACCCUGCCGGUAACUACUACCAAGGGACUCAGGAUAAAUUUGGAAGCUGAUAAGUCCAACGAAGAGUUCUGGAACUUGGGUACCAACAAUGUACUAAGCAUGUUCCCAUGGAACUUCGAGGACGACACCUACCGCAAGGCGGACAUUUUUAUCGACCUGAAACAGGAACUGAAGGAACCGUUAAUCUUGAGCGCCUCUUAUGCCAACAUGGAGGUAGCACCUGGUACCGAGGACACCAAACAAUGGUCAUCGAUCGCCAAAGCAGUGGAACCAACCAGCAGGGAAGCAAACAGCGAGGACCGGAGGAAGCAGUUCCUGAAGGAGGCAGCCAAAGGUAUCAAGCUGGCCAAGUCACACGUGCUAGACCUUCAACUCCAGAUCCCUGGCGAAGCGAAGAACCGAAAUACUCUGACCGUUGCCUGGUCUAACAGCGAUGCCGAGACCAAGGACCGAGCUCUCAUCUACUGGGGCUUCGACAUGCCCAGCGAAGAGGAGAAAACAGAACUAUGCGCAGCUAUCCAGAUGAUGGCUAACCCUCCCUAUUCCCUGUUUUUCGACGAGGCUAUCCUGUCCCAACCGAAGAAGGAAUUCGACAUCGACAUUCGUUACGGAGAGACUUGUUCCAAAGGUGAGAAGAUCAAUAUUAAGGGAAAGGCUACACAGAGCGACGAAUUGAAGGAGGACAUCAAGAAUUCUCCUUUGGCGAAGGAGUGCAAGAGACAGAUGGAGCAGGGUAACAAGCUGCUCAAGGUGUGUCAAGACGCUGCAGCCCUCGCCUUGACGGUGAACGAUUUGGACCUCUCCGUAGACACCCGCUCCGAGAAUCUGGAAAAUUUCGUCACCCGUGCCAUCACGAUCAUCGGAACCCAAUACUCCGAUGACCAUACCAUGGCCUUCGUGAAACCGAAGAACGCCGGUAAAAACAGGAUCGACAUCGAGGCGAAAUUUUCCAAGGAUAUGAAGAGCGCUGAUGUGAUUGUACACACACCAACCGUGGACAUGAAAUUGAACGACCUGGACAUGAAUCCUUUAGAUGACAGCACGGAACGUCUGUCAGCUGAUGAACUGGGCGUGAACGCAUUAGAGUACGACCAGAGUGAAUCGUCCUGUGUAUUGGACGCCACCAGAGCGCAGACCUUCGACGGUAAGGAAUACCCACUGAGGUUAGGCAAAUGCUGGAACGUCUUGAUGACCACCUAUCCUAAAGCGAACCCAAACAAACCCGAGGAGAAUCUUGCGCUGACUGAAGAGAACAGCGUGAGCAUCCUCGGCCGGGACACUCAGGAUGGACAGAAGGAGGUCAAAGUGAUGCUUGGUCAAAAUGAGAUCAAGCUUCUGCCCACUGGUCAACUGCCAGAGGUUAUUGUAAAUGGACAAAAGGUCCAGAUCUCUCGUGAGCUCAGCCACCAGGAGAGAAAGGAUGACGAUGUCCUGUUCGAGAUCUUUGAGGUUGGAGAUCGUUCAAUUGGUAUCGUGUCGAACAAGUUCGAGGUGGACCUUGCUUUUGAUGGAAAACGCAUCUUGAUCAGGGGAUCCAGCAAAUUCCGCAACUCUCUUCGUGGUCUGUGCGGCAACUAUGACGGCGACAUCACUAACGACUUCACCAGUCCCAGCAAUUGUAUGCUAAGGCAACCUGACCAGUUCAUCGCCAGUUACACGCUCACCAAGGACCAAUGCGAAGGUGAAGAUCUUGAAAACGCCAAGUCCUUGAAGCAGUUGGAUAUAUGCAUGCCACAGAUCUCCUCUCGUCAGAGUAACGUGAUCAGCAGCCUCGAAUCUGGUAAAUCCUUCCCGGAAAGUACCAACUGGGGUUACCAUCAGAAUAAACAAACCGACGAGAACAAACGCUGCACCCUCUUCAGGACCAAGGUGAUCGAGAAGAACGGCAAGAUUUGCUUCACAACUCGUCCAGUCGUCUCCUGUUCGCCUACUUGCUCCCCUACCGAGACUACGACGAAGAACUAUUCAUUCUAUUGUACACACAAGAACGAGGCAUCUCUAAACAUGAAGCAGAGGAUCGAGAAAGGCGCUAAUCCUGACUUCAGCCAAAAAGCUGUCUCCAUGUCAGAAUCCCUCGAGGUUCCUCUUGCUUGCACGGCCUAAUGUGUAUCUGAUAAGAAUCUAAUUGUGUUUUUUUUUAAGUAGUUGUAGCAGUUUAGUAUUUUGUAUUUAGAACGCAAAGCGAUGUAUUAAUAAAAUCGAUUGUUUUCAAUAA